UAUAUGAAAAGAAAUGGGAGGUCGAUUUUUGCUCUGCAAAUCCUCCUCCCUCGUCUUCCUACUCCCCUCCUCUUACGCUACUCAAUUCAGAUUCAAAUCCUUCUCUUCCUCUCCGAAAAAUCCGAAGCUCAAUCGCAUGGCUGCCGAAGCUUCUUUAUCGUCCUCUUCCUUUAUCAACAACGAUGACAAUACCACUGCUCUUGCCGCAGAUAAUGGCUCUACUACUUCCUCCGCCAUCGAUUUCCUCUCUCUGUGCCACCGUCUCAAGACAACAAAAAGAGCUGGAUGGGUAAAAAGAGAUGUCAAGGAACCGGAGUCUAUAGCAGAUCAUAUGUACCGAAUGGGUUUGAUGGCGCUAAUUUCAUCGGAUAUUCCAGGCAUUAAUCGAGACAAGUGUAUAAAAAUGGCAAUUGUUCAUGACAUUGCGGAAGCCAUUGUUGGGGACAUAACUCCAUCUGAUGGGAUUUCAAAGGAGGAAAAGAGUCAGCGAGAGCGAGAAGCACUAGACCAUAUGUGCAACUUGCUUGGUGGAGGAUUAAGAGCCAAGGAAAUUGGGCUGUUGUGGAUGGAGUAUGAGGAAAAUUCAUCCCCAGAAGCCAAAAUUGUGAAGGAUUUCGACAAAGUUGAGAUGAUACUUCAAGCCUUAGAAUAUGAAAAUGAACAAGGGCAUGAUUUGGAUGAGUUUUUCCAGUCAACUGCCGGGAAAUUCCAAACUGAUCUGGGCAAAGCUUGGGCUGCAGAAAUAGUGUCUCGGAGAAGAAAACGACACUAGUUGCAAUUUGUUAAUGUGGUUGGAACUUGAAUAUACAUUUGCUGCCUGUUCUCUCCUCAAGGUGCUGAUUCCUGGCAUCAUAUUUGUUUCAAGGAUGGAAUGGGGGCAAUUAGAUUGUUCUUUUGAGCACCAUUAAUUAAGGCAUUAACCAUGGAUUGCAGGGUAGUUGUAAGAGCUAUGCUCCUGAACCUUUGUUUUUCUUCUUCAAUUCUGGCAUCUAAUCUAACGAUUGUUUGUUUUUAUAAUAAUAUAUCAUCGUCAUCAAAUCAAUUUUU